AUGGUGAAUAUCCCGUAUGGUGUCUCAGUGUGGAGAACUAUCAGAAAUUUAUGGGGUCAACUACAACACAAUAUUAGAUACAAAGUGGGGAAUGGGACCAGGGUUCUUUUCUUGAAAGAUCACUGGAUUGGUCAGGACUCCUCGAUGUCUUCCUAUCCGGAUAUAUAUAUCCUCAGCUCGUCUCAAGAUGCAAUGGUAAAUGAGGUAUGGUCUGAACAAGGGUGGAAUUUCAGCUUCAGAAGGUUACCAAAUGACUGGGAGAUAGGGAGAGUAGCCGAGAUGCUACAAACACUAGAUGAUUUCAAGGGCACAAAUCUGGAAGUUGAUGUAAUGAUUUGGAAACACAAUCAUGAUGGUAUGUUGUCAGUCAGCAGAUUGUACAAUAGGAAAGUAAAGGAACUUCCAAGGGAAAUCUCUGGACCAUGGAGUAAGCCUACAGUGCCUGGAAACUGCUUGGAAAUUCUGAUUUCACCGGGAACUUGCCGGAAACUGCCUGGAAAUCGCCGGAACCCUAAUUCCAGCGAUCGGUUCUGGAGAAAACUGGAUGGAUCUCGCGUGAAAACUUCCACCUUCGAACGGCGCAUGAGAGCGCGUGAGGGGUUUUUUUCCGGUAGUACUGGCUGGGGUUUGGUACUGGGAGGCUUUGAUGCAUCAAAUUAUGUAACUGAGAGGCAAUGGGCUACUGCUUCAGAUGGCACACAGAUACCUAUAUCAAUAAUCUAUCAAAAAAAUCUUGUAAAACUUGAUAGUUCAGAUCCGUUGCUUCUUUAUGGUUAUGGAUCCUACGAGAUAUGUAUUGAUCCCACUUUCAAGGCGUCACGCUUUUCUCUGUUAGACAGGGGUUUCAUUUACACUAUUGCUCACAUUCGUGGAGGUGGUGAAAUGGGGAGGCAGUGGUAUGAAAAUGGGAAACUGUUGAAAAAGAAAAAUACUUUCACAGAUUUCAUUGCUUGUGCAGAAUAUUUAAUAGACAAGAAGUACUGUUCCAAGGAAAAGCUUUGUAUCAAUGGAAGAAGUGCAGGUGGAUUGCUGAUCAGUGCUGUUGUUAACAUGCGUCCUAAUUUGUUCAAAGCCGCUGUUGCUGGGGUUCCUUUUGUAGAUGUUGUAACUACAAUGCUUGAUCCAACUAUUCCUUUAACAACUUCAGAGUGGGAGGAAUGGGGUGAUCCACGUCAGGAAGAAUUCUAUUUCUACAUGAAGUCAUAUUCCCCUGUUGAUAAUGUCAAAGCACAGAAUUAUCCAGACAUUCUUGUUACAGCUGGCUUGAAUGAUCCACGUGUUAUGUACUCUGAGCCAGCAAAGUUUGUGGCCAAGUUGAGAGAUAUGAAGACGAAUGAUAAUUUACUCUUGUUCAAAUGUGAAAUGGGUGCAGGACAUUUUUCAAAAUCUGGAAGAUUUGAGAAGCUCCAGGAGGAUGCCUUCACCUACACUUUCAUACUCAAAGCUCUCAAUAUGCUAGGCUCUGAUCAACAAUGAUGAAAUAAUGUUGAUAUAUUCCUAUUUUUUCAACAAUUCUUAACAUUUAGUAAUGUCUUAUUUUUGGUUCAAAAUCUGAUCUUUGUACUCAUUUUAUUGACUUUGAUUGGCUUCUACUAUUUUGUCGACGAUCCUUAACACUCUUUUAUUGAUUAGUUUUGGUUCCAAAUCU